AUGGCAGAGAAGGAAGAAGCAAUCAUCAAGAAGGACCAUCAAGAUGGGAUGCAAAUGGCAGUGUCUUUCCUUGAAGAGUUUGGACUUCCUCAGGGACUUCUCCCUCUUGCUGACGUGAUUGAAGUUGGUUUUGUGAGGAGCACUGGGUACAUGUGGAUCCUGCAGAAGAAGAAAUUCAAACACAAUUUCAAAAUGAUCAGCAAGCUCAUGAGUUACUAUACUGAAAUGACUGGUUAUGUUGAGAAGAAGCGGAUCAAGAAGUUAAAGGGAGUCAAUGCUAAGGAGCUCAUGCUGUGGCCUCCAGUUAGCCAAAUAAGUGUUGACGACCCACCCAACAGAAAAAUUCAAUUCGUGAGCCUUGCUGGCAUCAUCAAAACUUUUCCAGUCGAGACAUUUGCUGAUGGCAGGUAA